AUGAAAAUAGAGGGAGGCAGAGCAAGCGACGAGACGGUGUCCGAAGUGCUCCCAGAGGAGCUGCGGCUCGAUGCCACACCGCCGCUGCCAAUCCCGACGGCAACUUCUGCCCGAAGCAAAACACUGCGUGACCCCCUUGAUGUAUGUCCAGCCUUCCAGCUGACGUUGAUGUUCGACGUCAAGUAUGACAAUCGAAGCACAUGCAUGCAAUAUAGCAAGCCUGAGAAAUAG